AUGAAUGUGUUCAAUUUCGAUGAGGAGGUUUUAUCUGACGACUUGGGCAGACUAAAGCUUGAAGAUAAUCCUCUUCAUUUCGAGGGAGUCGAGGAGCAGGAGCGGAUUCUAGAUCCUUAUGAGAUUACUCCACUUAAUGCGCAUUCGUUUAACAGAGAUGAGAUUGCUACGUUGAUGUCGCACCAGAGGCGGCGGUCUUCUGUAUAUAGCCGCCUAUCGGUAAACUUGUCGUCUUCAAUUUCUUCUUUUAAUCAGGAGCUAACUAUUCCUGCGAACUAUGAAAGUAAUCCUGAAGAUUGCCAAAGAGAUUCUGGGGUGACAGUUGAUCAUAUUAAUUUUUCGAAAAAGACAUUAAGCGACUUCGAACCAUUAAAAGUCUUGGGCCAGGGUGCAUAUGGGCGUGUUCACUUAGUACGAGAUAAGAGCUCCAACAGGUUGUUUGCUCAGAAACAGGUGAGGAAACCGACGAUUAACAUUUUGAAGACAACGGACGAAAACGAACAUCAUAUAAAACGAACGAUUUCAGAGAGACAAAUAUUAACCAAUAUAACUCACCAUCCCAAUAUUGUUAAGUUAUUCUAUGCUCUACAGGAUAGAGACAAGUUUUAUCUAUUACUAGAAUACAUCCCCGGUGGUGAACUUUUCCAUCAUUUAGCAUCCCCAGAAAACCAACUAGGCAAUGCAUUUAAAGAGAGCGAUGUUGCUUUCUAUGCAGCAGAGAUGGCAUUAGGUUUAAGGCAUUUGCAUAGACUAGGAAUCGUUUAUCGAGAUUUGAAACCAGAAAACUGCUUAUUGAACAGUUCAGGACAUUUGGUAUUAACAGACUUCGGGUUAUCAAAGACUAUUACUGACGACAAGAACAAUAGAUGUACAUCAAUUAUCGGAACACCUGAAUACAUGGCGCCAGAGAUAUUAAAAGGCGAGUCAUAUGGUUUUGCGGUUGAUUGGUGGUCUUUGGGAUGUGUGAUUUAUGACAUGAUGCUGGGAAAACCCCCAUUUACUGGAAAUUCACACAAAGCAAUUCAGAAUAAAAUAGUAAAAGAGAAGUUGAAUAUUCCAUUUUAUUUCUCGUUGGAUGCAAAGGAUAUGCUUCAUAAGCUUUUGAAUAAGAACCCAAAUAAAAGGUUUUCGGUCGAUGAAAAAUGGGACCAAUUUUCUAACCAUAGGUUUUUCCGAAAGAUAAAUUGGAUAAGCCUAGAGAAGCAGGAUCUAAAAGCUAAACCUCCAAUUGAACCCGUUAUCACUGAUCCUAGUUUGGCUGAAAAUUUUGAUACUCAGUUCACUAGCUUACCAGUAAGUGACUUGAACUUUGACGAAACUUACAAUAUACCGAUGUCUCAUCCUAGUGGUAGCCUUUUCAAGGGAUUCAGCUAUACUGCAAGCAACAGUUUCAUAGAGAGAUUCAACUAG